AGCUUCUUUAAACAACUCAAAAUGUUGAGUGCAGACCUACUUAAAGCGCCAUCUUGUUACCAUCCUAAUGUCAGUCUUGCAGUACCACAUUAUUUCGAAUAUUUGUAUGGUAUGUCAUCUCCUCUCUCUACUAACACGAUGCGCUACAGUCAGAGUCUAUCUCUCUUAAUCUAAUUGCAAUUAAUAUUCGGCCUGACAUUUAUGUUUUGAUCUUCUUAGAGUGAAGUGAUAUCGAGAGAUACUGUUUGAAAUGGCUUCUUUUAUCACCGGCGUUGUCGCGAUUUUGUUACUCGCCACUGCAGCUAAUGGAUUAUUGUGUUACAACUGUAACUCAAAAGAGAGCGUGGCUUGCAAUUGGGGCGUUACAUCGUUCACACACCAAACCGAAGAAUGCCGAAGCGCAGAAAUAUUGGACAAUUUCAUCACUCCCAAAUGUUACAAGAUCACUGGUCGAAACAAAUUAGGUACAGAAUACAUCGCCAGAGGAUGUGUUCCCCUAGGUACUGUCAGUUGUGCUGCCUUAUCUAAAGCCGUCGGAUGGAUUUCCUACCAAAGAAAUGGCGAUCCUGAAGUACUACAAAAUUUGACCUGCAAAACCUGUGAAACAGACAAAUCUAAUGGAUUGUUGUGUUACAACUGUAACUCAAAAGAGAGCGUGGCUUGCAAUUGGGGCGUUACAUCGUUCACACACCAAACCGAAGAAUGCCGAAGCGGAGAAAUAUUGGACAAUUUCAUCACUCCCAAAUGUUACAAGAUCACUGGUCGAAACAAAUUAGGUACAGAAUACAUCGCCAGAGGAUGUGUUCCCCUAGGUACUGUCAGUUGUGCUGCCUUAUCUAAAGCCGUCGGAUGGAUUUCCUACCAAAGAAAUGGCGAUCCUGAAGUACUACAAAAUUUGACCUGCAAAACCUGUGAAACAGACAAAUGUAACUGGGCCACCUAG